CCCUAGAUUUAUAACUACGACAAAUAAAUACGCAUAUCCCUUCGUUAUUCCUCUCUCUCUCUCUCAUCUUCUAUUUUCCUAUUACGUUAUUCCUAUUAUUGCCACACCAUUUUCAACCCUUUCCUUCCAUUCCAAUCCCAAUCCCAACCCCAACCAUGCCUCCACUUCCCCACCAUCCCCAUGGCGGCGAUCCCGAACCCAAACCCAACCCCAACCUCCUCUCCCUCUUCCUCAAACCCAUCAUCAUGCUCCUUCUCACCUCCCUCUUCUUCCUCUUCCUCGGCUUCGCCGCUUUCCUCCUCCUCAACCUCUUCCUCCUCGCCGGCGCCCUCCACCGCCUCCGUUUCCGUCCCACCCCAUCCCGCCGCCUCCAAUCUCCAACCUCCCCCUUCCUCCCCCACGAAAUCAACAACCUCCCCAACUUCCGCAUCAACAAAAAUUCCACUCCCGGACCCGAUUCCCGUUGCGCCGUUUGUUUAGACGGGUUCCGCAACGGUCAAUGGUGUAGAAACCUCGCCGCGUGUAGACACGUCUUUCACCGGAGAUGCAUUGACACGUGGCUGAUCAAAGUCGCCACGUGUCCGACUUGCCGUUCACCUGUUCGAUCAAAUGCUGAAACGAAUCUUGUAACGGAAGGUUCUUCGCAGUUUUGGAAUUGCUCCAAUAACAAUAAUGCUUUCUCCAUUUUAUAGCUUUGUUGUUAACUAGCAGUUAUAGCAGGCGUUGCAAUUGACAACAUUGGAGAAAUGCUGAGGAAAAAGUUGUAAAAUGAGAUGAUCCAAUUUUCAGUAGUUGUAGUUCAAGUUUAACAGGUAAAAGACAAUGAAUGCGUGAUCUUGCGCAUGUUUCCAAGAUUUCUAGUUAAUGUGGGAUGAGGAUUGGGAAAAGUGAUAGAAUCGUGAUAGUAUGAGGAUUGGGAAAAGUGAUAGAAUCGUGAUAGUAUGAGGAUUGGGAAAAGUGAUAGAAUCGUGAUAGUAUGAGGAUUGGGAAAAGUGAUUCUGACAACCUUAUCUAUAUGGGAAGACCACCACCACAUUGGAAAACGUUAUUACUAUUGCCUAUUGCUAUUGGUAGUCAUUGUUGUGCCAACUUCUAAAAGACAAGAAAAACUAUGAGACUUACUAUUUACUA